CGGGAGGCGCCGGGAAGGCGAUGCUGGAGGCGCUGGUGGCGGGAGGCGCGGAGGGGCUGGUCCUCGUCCAGGACAGCGCCGCCUGCGAGGGCCGCAGCCUCCUCCGGGCCUUCGUCACGGCCGCCGUGCAGAGGGCCGAGCGCGUCCUCGUCGUCCUCUUCGACGUCCCCCGGGAGCAGUUUGAGGCCGGGCUGAGCUCCGCCGUGAAGGAGCGGCUCCUGUACCGCGAUGGCUUCACGGACCCCCUGGGCUGGAGCGGGCCGGCCCCCGACCUGCGGGCGGGCGAUUUUGGGGGGCUGCUGGCGGGGGGGCUCCCCGCGGGGGGGCCCCUGACGGUGGUGCUGGACUCGCUCAGCUGGCUGCUGCUGCGCCUGCCCCCCCCCCGCCUCUGCCAGGCCCUGGGGGCUCUGCUGGGGGGGCCCCCCAACUCCGGCCCCAUCCCCCGCCUGGUGGCGCUGCUGCACGGGGACCUGCACCCCCCCGGGCUGCUGCGGGCACUGGGGGCCCUGGCCAGCACCCGGCUCACCCUGGGGGGGCCCCCCCCCGCCCCGGGCGCCCCCCGACUCGCCAGCGUGCUCAGCCGCCCCCGCCGGGGGGGGCCCAGGCAGAAGGACGAGAGCUUCACCCUCCUGCCCGACGGCUCCCUGGGGGUGCCCCCCCCCGCGCCGAGGGAGGGGGGGCCGGGGGGCAGCAGCCCCCCUGCGGCCCAGAUGUUGGGGUCCCCCGCGGGUUCGGGGGGCUGCGCCCCCCCCCCACCCCCUCACCUUCCGCUUGUGGCUGUCGGCGGCCGAGCGGGCGGCGCGGGCGGCCGUGCCCCCCCCCGUACCAGCUCAGCCCCCCCAGGAGGUCGACCCUCCUCCAGACGCCGGGGGCCACUGUCUGCGCCCCGGAGCCCCCUGAGGACGAGGACCCCGAGGACCCCGACGACGACCUGGACGUGUGACCCCCCCUCCCCAGGGUAUCGUAGGACCUACACAAACACCGGGGGUUCCCGCAGGACCUACGCAAACAAUAAAGCUGCUGCGUCUCCCCCCAACCUCCACCCCGCCUCCCUCAGCUACACAGACCCCGCCCCCUCAACCAUGCAGUCCACGCCCUCAGCUACAACCACGCCCCUCCAGCGUGCAGGCCCCGCCCCCCGCGCAGGCGCGCCAGCCGCCCCCCGACGGCCUGGCGCCGCUCCCGCGCCCCGGAAGUGGUUGUGCCGGAAGUGA